ACGCGUCACAGCGUCAGUUCCUAUAUCCUCGUGGAUCACUUGUGAGUGACGCACACCACUCCGCGCGAGGCCGCCGGCCAUGGCGAAGCUCGCACUCGGCCACCACCGCGAGGCCACCGACCCCGGCUGCCUCCGCGCCGUCCUCGCCGAGCUCCUCCUCACCUUCCUCUUCGUCUUCUCCGGCGUCGCCUCCGCCAUGGCCGCCGCCAAGCUGGGCGGCGGCGACACGAUAGCGGGGCUGACGGCGGUGGCGGCGGCGCACGCGCUGGUGGUGGCCGUCAUGGUGUCGGCGGGGCUGCACGUCUCCGGCGGCCACAUCAACCCGGCCGUCACGCUCGGCCUCGCCGUCGGCGGCCACAUCACGCUCUUCCGCUCGGCGCUCUACGUCCUCGCCCAGCUGCUCGGCGCCUCCCUCGCCUGCCUCCUCCUCGCCGCCCUCGCCGCCGGCGAGCCCGUCCCCGUGCACGCGCUGGCCGCCAGCGUCAGCGCCGCGCGCGGGGUGCUCAUGGAGGCCGUGCUCACCUUCUCCCUCCUCUUCGCCGUCUACGCCACCGUCGUCGACCAGCAGCGCCGCGGCGCCGCCGGGGGCGCGCUCGGCCCGCUCCUCGUCGGCCUCGUCGUCGGCGCCAACAUCCUCGCCGGCGGGCCCUACUCCGGCGCGUCCAUGAACCCGGCCCGCUCCUUCGGCCCGGCCCUCGUCGCGGGAGACUGGGCCGACCACUGGGUCUAUUGGGCUGGGCCGCUGAUAGGUGGGCCGCUCGCUGGGCUGCUCUACGAGAGCCUUUUCAUGGGCCGGCCUGGACAUGAGCCGCUUCCUACGAAUGACGACUUCUAGGUCGUAAUUAGGCUUUUUCCCCCUCAAAAAACAAAAAAAAAGUUCUAAUUAGGUUAUGAAUUAUGAUAAUGAACUUUUGGUCUCAAGCUAGUGAAAAUAAUAUGUCGUAUCAUUUGUUAUUUUUAUGGUAUUUAUAUGCAUGCAAUAUGUACUAGUUUGGAUUAUCAAAUAAAAUAUUUAGGUUAACUAAGGAUUUGGAUUAAGUUUGGUUCUGCAUGAAGCUUUAAGAUGGCUGGAUCAAGAAUGCUUAGCAGGCCUGCUUCACUUUUUGUUUGCAUUGAACAAACUUACCUGUAUUUUCUUUGGCAUGUAUCAUGAAAGCUUUUUAGAUUUGAAAAUAUAGCUGCAUCGAGCAAUUGCGCAACUGUUGAGCUA